AUGGAUUCGCCAUCAGGACUGUUGCUAACGUUGUUGAUGUUGCUCAUCGAGAACAGUAAUUCGUCGUCCAAUGAGGACCGAGCCAGAUGCAGUGCAUACACUGAGCAGUCUAUUUCCAAAUGUCUCAAGCCAAUGUUGGAUUAUGCGAGCAAAUUGCAAUCAGAAACGGGUGCUAUGCAAUUUCCAGUUCAAGGGUCCGAUAUCUUUCAAGAUCUGUGCAGAAUAUACAGCGAAUUCAAGGUUAAGCAAUUACACCUUCAUCGAGCGUUAUAA